AUGACAUCUGUCUUACACUCUACCAAAAUAAUAGAAAAAAGUUUAAGAGACAUAAUCGAAAUAGGAGAGACUCAGUUUGGCUUUAUGCCUGGAAGAUCAACGACUGAUGCUAUCCAUGCAAUCAGGCAAAUGAGCGAAAUAUACAGGGAAAAGAACAAAAAGCUACACAUGGUCUCUCUCGAUCUAGAAAGGAUCUUCGAUAGAAUAUUAAGAAAACUUUGGUGGGCGCUGCGGCACAAAAAGAUUCCCGAAAUAUAUAUAAGAAUAAUAGAGGAUAUAUAUAUGGGCUAUACAACAAUGGUCCGUAGCACAACAAGUACUUUAGCAGGCUUAAUAGUCGAGGGAGUUUCAUCAAGGGUAGGCUUUCAGCCCACUUCUCUUCAUUACAGUAAUAGAUGUAUUAUCACAGUCUAUAUCUCAAACAGUACCAUGGAAUAUGAUAUUUGCAGAUGGUAUUGUGAUAAUUGCCCGAAUCCAAGGAUGAAAUGA